GCUAAGGAAGCGGUGUUUAUGGCUAGAAUAAUGGAAUUAGAACAAAAUGCUGAAAAAGCGAAAUUAAGAGAUAUCGAGCUCAAUGCUAGAAUCAUGGAACUAGAACGUUUGUCGAAAGAAUCUAAAGUUAUAGAAGGCAAUUCAUCUAUCAAUCAGGAUCAAACUAAAGAAAAUAGGUAUAUUUCAUUUCAGAGGUCUCUUCCAUCAACUGUUCAGGUACAAGAAAGUGAUAUUUCUUCUAAAAUAAAAAUACCAUAUAAUCAGAAAAUAGAACAAGGUAUAAUUCAAGAAGUAAUCCUGUUUAUUCAAAAAGAAAAGUUACUUACCUUAUCAGAUGUGAAAGCAUCCUCAUUUCGUAAGACUAAUAUUUCUGAAACUCACGAUAGCAAUGUGAAAGUAAAUAAUAAUAAAGACAGACAAGAGUUGGCCCAAUUAUUUUCUGAUACUAAGAUCGCGGAAGGCAAAACAAUAAAGGCUAAGCAAAAAAAGAUCAUAUAUUGGUAUACUUAUAGAAAAGCUUAUCAAAACAAUAUUGCUGACAUUUGA